UCUUUUUCAAAUGAUGGUUUCAAAUAGCAUGGCAACUCCAGUUGAACCUCCAAACGGAAUCCAAUCCCAUGGAAAGCAUUACUACUCCAUGUGGCAAACACUUUUUGAAAUCGACACAAAAUAUGUGCCGAUCAAACCAAUCGGACGUGGGGCCUACGGGAUAGUUUGCUCGUCAGUCAACAGGGAGACUGGUGAGAAGGUUGCAAUCAAGAAGAUACACAAUGCCUUUGAAAAUAGAGUUGAUGCAUUGAGAACCCUACGCGAGUUGAAGCUUCUAAGGCACCUUAAGCACGAGAAUGUUAUAGCUUUGAAAGAUGUAAUGCUGCCUAAUCACAAGGGGAGUUUUAAGGACGUGUACUUAGUUUACGAGCUUAUGGAUACAGACUUGCACCAGAUCAUUAAGUCGUCUCAGACACUCACGAAUGACCACUGCCAGUAUUUCCUGUUUCAGUUGCUGAGAGGCCUCAAGUAUCUCCAUUCCGCAAACAUCCUCCACCGAGACCUCAAGCCCGGCAAUCUCCUCAUAAACGCAAACUGCGACCUCAAAAUCUGUGACUUUGGGCUGGCCCGAACCAACAGCGGCAAAGGCCAAUUCAUGACUGAGUACGUAGUCACCAGAUGGUAUCGGGCCCCCGAACUCCUCCUAUGCUGUGAUAAAUACGGCACUUCAAUCGAUAUCUGGUCCGUGGGCUGCAUAUUUGCCGAGCUUUUGGGCCGAAAGCCCAUUUUCCCCGGCACAGAGUGCCUGAACCAGCUCAAACUCAUAGUAAACAUUUUGGGCAGCCAACGUGAAGAAGAUUUGCAGUUUAUCGAUAACCCAAAAGCUCGAAAAUACAUAAAGACUCUGCCUUUUUCAUUUGGGACCCCAUUUUCGAGGCUCUAUCCGCACGCGCAUCCUCUGGCGAUUGAUUUGUUGCAGAAAAUGCUCGUUUUCGAUCCUUCGAAGAGGAUUAGUGUGAGUGAGGCGCUCGAGCAUCCGUACAUGUCGCCUUUGUAUGAUCCGAGGUGUGAUCCGUUGGCUCAUUUGCCGAUUAAUUUGGAUAUUGAUGAAGAUUUGGGGGAGGAGAUGAUUCGGGAGAUGAUGUGGCAGGAGAUUAUGCAUUAUCAUCCGGAGGCUGGGGAUGGGGAGUUGGGAUUCGGCGUGCGGGUUUAGCGUUUGGGGUAUUCGAAAAAUGGUUGUUUUUUACUUCUUUUUUUUCUUUUUUUUU